UAUAUAAGGUAGUGCGGAAGGGAAGGUUGGCAGUGUGUGUUGAGACUUGCUGGUAUAGAGUCAGCUGUAAGACAUCGACAUGAUCUCGAAAGCCAUGGUUGUGGUGGUGGUGGUGUUGAUGGCUGGACUCCUGGCGACAGUCCUGGCUAGUCCUGUCGCCACGCCCUCAGGAGGUGGAAGUUACGGCCACAGGAGGUCUGGUUACGGUGGAUAUGGUGGCGGCUAUGGAGGAUAUGGUGGUUAUGGUGGCGGCUAUGGCGGAGGCUAUGGAGGAUAUGGUGGAUAUGGUGGAUAUGGCGGUGGGUAUGGUGGUUAUGGUAGUGGCUAUGGUGGAUUCGGGCGCGGCUACGGUGGAUAUGGAGGAGGCUACGGUGGUGCCUAUGGCGGCUACGGUGGUGGAUAUGGUGGUUACAGAAGCAGCUAUGGUGGUGGUCAUGGCCGUGGAUAUGGAGGAUACGGAGGUGGAUACGGAUAUGGCCGUUGAGGUCGUCAUGGUCAAGAUCAGUGCUGGAGGCAAAUUGACGACACCAUGCAAUAUCUGUUUAUAAAUAAUAAAGCAGAAAUGAGA